CUCGAGCUCAUACAAGUCAAUACGCUCGUGAAUGAGGAUCUCCAGCUGUGCACUCAGUAGUUGUCCAACGCGGGUAUCGCUUCAUACGCAUGGUGGUUUCAUUCUCUUACCAAUAACUCUCCAAAGGCUUUAUGAAUCCACGAAUGCACGUUUUUUUUGCAAGUGAUGAAUAUGGCGAAUUGCGCGGCUGAGGAGACGUGCGGCUGAUACCAGUACAAACUCACAGGUUUCAAUUCUCAUUGGUACACUUUCUUCAUUGGAGAGAGUCCUCUCGAAAGUGCUCGCUUUACUAUAGUGGGGGAAAAAAAGGGAUAUUACGGAUUUUACGUGCAGUUUUUCAUUCUGAGGACAAUAUGCCUCAGACACCGCUGCUGACCGGCAUGCUGGUCUCCAGGGGUUACAAUAAGAACCUGUACCAGAGUCAGAACCAGACCAAGGAGGAGGGAUGUGGUAACGCAGGACUCUGUUACCGUGACAACACCCUUGUGUCCGGCUCGCUGGAGGCCCUCAUACACCACCUGGUCCCUAGUAUGGAUUACUACCCUGACAUGACCUACUCCUUCACCUUCCUGCUCUCCUCUCGUCUAUUUAUCCACCCCUACGAGCUCAUGUCCAAGGUGUGUCACCUGUGUGUGGAGCAGCAGAGACUGAGUGACCCUCAGGCAGACAAGAUGAGGAUCAGGAAGUUGGCUCCCAAGAUCCUCCAGCUGCUCCAGGAGUGGACAGAGAUGUUCCCCUACGACUUCAGAGACGAGAGGAUGAUGAGGAGCCUGAAGGAGUUAACCCAAUGCAUGGCCUCAGGAGAUGAGCUGUACAGGAAGGUGGUCCAGCAGAUGAUUCAGGUCCUAAUCAGGAAGCUGACUACUCUGAGCCAGUACGAGGAGGCCCUGGUCAAGGUCAACGCUACGGCCACAGACCGACUGACUGUGCUCAAGGCCAAGCCUCAGUCCAUCCAGAGAGACAUGUUGUCCGUCUGCAACGACCCCUUCACCGUGGCACAGCAGCUCACGCACAUAGAACUGGAGAGACUGAGCUACAUCGGACCAGAGGAAUUCAUCCAGGCCUUUGAGAAGAAAGACCCUCUUGAUAAUGAUAAGAGCUGCUUCAGCGAUCACAAGAAGGCUAGCAACCUGGAGGCGUAUGUAGAGUGGUUCAACAGACUUAGCUUCCUGGUGGCCACAGAGAUCUGCAUGCCCGUAAAGAAGAAGAAGCAGCGAGCGCGAGUCAUCGAGUUCUUCAUCGACGUGGCGCGGGAAUGCUUCAACAUCGGCAACUUCAACUCUCUCAUGGCCAUCAUCUCUGGGAUGAACAUGAGUCCAGUGUCUCGACUGAAGAAGACCUGGAGCAAAGUCAAGACGGCCAAGUUUGACAUCUUGGAGCACCAGAUGGAUCCUUCCAGUAACUUCUACAACUACAGAACAGCGUUUAGAGGAGCAACACAGAGGUCUAGAACAGCCAACAGCACUAGAGAGAAGCCAGGCCGUCUGCACGGCUGCAGCCACCAUCAGUUCUCCUCUGAGAGUGGGGAAGCCGUGGAGCUGUGUGUCAGUCUGCCUCUUUGGAGCGUCUCUCUGCUGAGCUUAUCAUUAUCUCUCCACCCUGUAACCCUGCACACCCUCUCAACGCUCCAACCGAUGUUGUUCUCUCCACCCUGUAACCCUGCACACCUUCUCAACGCCCCAACCGAUGUUGUUCUCUCCACCCUGUAACCCUGCACACCCUCUCAACGCUCCAACCGAUGUUUCAUGUGCUGGGCGGGGUGAGGGGAGAUGGGAGGAUGAGAGGAGGGAUAAUACGGUGGUAUACAUUACAGACAUCCUGUACUCUGUGGUCUGUACACCCCAGUGUGUAAAGAGCACCAGGUUAAUGUUUGGUAGGGGUCUGUACUGUACAACCCCAGUGGGUAGAGAGCACCAGGUUAAUGUUUGGUAGGGGUCUGUACUGUACAACCCCAGUGGGUAGAGAGCACCAGGUUAAUGUUUGGUAGGGGUCUGUACUGUACAACCCCAGUGGGUAGAGAGCACCAGGUUAAUGUUUGGUAGGGGUCUGUACUGUACAACCCCAGUGGGUAGAGAGCACCAGGUUAAUGUUUGGUAGGGGUCUGUACUGUACAACCCCAGUGGGUAGAGAGCACCAGGUUAAUGUUUGGUAGGGGUCUGUACUGUACAACCCCAGUGGGUAGAGAGCACCAGGUUAAUGUUUGGUAGGGGUCUGUACUGUACAACCCCAGUGGGUAGAGAGCACCAGGUUAAUGUUUGGUAGGGGUCUGUACUGUACAACCCCAGUGGGUAGAGAGCACCAGGUUAAUGUUUGGUAGGGGUCUGUACUGUACAACCCCAGUGGGUAGAGAGCACCAGGUUAAUGUUUGGUAGGGGUCUGUACUGUACAACCCCAGUGGGUAGAGAGCACCAGGUUAAUGUUUGGUAGGGGUCUGUACUGUACAACCCCAGUGGGUAGAGAGCACCAGGUUAAUGUUUGGUAGGGGUCUGUACUGUACAACCCCAGUGGGUAGAGAGCACCAGGUUAAUGUUUGGUAGGGGUCUGUACUGUACAACCCCAGUGGGUAGAGAGCACCAGGUUAAUGUUUGGUAGGGGUCUGUACUGUACAACCCCAGUGGGUAGAGAGCACCAGGUUAAUGUUUGGUAGGGGUCUGUACUGUACAACCCCAGUGGGUAGAGAGCACCAGGUUAAUGUUUGGUAGGGGUCUGUACUGUACAACCCCAGUGGGUAGAGAGCACCAGGUUAAUGUUUGGUAGGGGUCUGUACUGUACAACCCCAGUGGGUAGAGAGCACCAGGUUAAUGUUUGGUAGGGGUCUGUACUGUACAACCCCAGUGGGUAGAGAGCACCAGGUUAAUGUUUGGUAGGGGUCUGUACUGUACAACCCCAGUGGGUAGAGAGCACCAGGUUAAUGUUUGGUAGGGGUCUGUACUGUACAACCCCAGUGGGUAGAGAGCACCAGGUUAAUGUUUGGUAGGGGUCUGUACUGUACAACCCCAGUGGGUAGAGAGCACCAGGUUAAUGUUUGGUAGGGGUCUGUACUGUACAACCCCAGUGGGUAGAGAGCACCAGGUUAAUGUUUGGUAGGGGUCUGUACUGUACAACCCCAGUGGGUAGAGAGCACCAGGUUAAUGUUUGGUAGGGGUCUGUACUGUACAACCCCAGUGGGUAGAGAGCACCAGGUUAAUGUUUGGUAGGGGUCUGUACUGUACAACCCCAGUGGGUAGAGAGCACCAGGUUAAUGUUUGGUAGGGGUCUGUACUGUACAACCCCAGUGGGUAGAGAGCACCAGGUUAAUGUUUGGUAGGGGUCUGUACUGUACAACCCCAGUGGGUAGAGAGCACCAGGUUAAUGUUUGGUAGGGGUCUGUACUGUACAACCCCAGUGGGUAGAGAGCACCAGGUUAAUGUUUGGUAGGGGUCUGUACUGUACAACCCCAGUGUGUAAAGAGCACCAGGUUAAUGUUUGGUAGGGGUCUGUACUGUACAACCCCAGUGGGUAGAGAGCACCAGGUUAAUGUUUGGUAGGGGUCUGUACUGUACAACCCCAGUGUGUAAAGAGCACCAGGUUAAUGUUUGGUAGGGGUCUGUACUGUACAACCCCAGUGGGUAGAGAGCACCAGGUUAAUGUUUGGUAGGGGUCUGUACUGUACAACCCCAGUGGGUAGAGAGCACCAGGUUAAUGUUUGGUAGGGGUCUGUACUGUACAACCCCAGUGGGUAGAGAGCACCAGGUUAAUGUUUGGUAGGGGUCUGUACUGUACAACCCCAGUGGGUAGAGAGCACCAGGGUAAUGUUUGGUAGGGGUCUGUACUGUACAACCCCAGUGUGUAAAGAGCACCAGGUUAAUGUUUGGUAGGGGUCUGUACUGUACAACCCCAGUGGGUAGAGAGCACCAGGUUAAUGUUUGGUAGGGGUCUGUACUGUACAACCCCAGUGUGUAAAGAGCACCAGGUUAAUGUUUGGUAGGGGUCUGUACUGUACAACCCCAGUGGGUAGAGAGCACCAGGUUAAUGUUUGGU